AUUGUGAUGGAGGAGCUGUUGAUUCUAUUUACACGGAAUUAAAUUCUUCUUUAGAUGAAAAACAAAUUCAAGCAUGUGUUUAUCAAUGUUUAAAAGCUCUGGAUUAUUUACACAACUCUGUGAAUGUUUUUCACAGAGACAUAAAGGCUGGGAAUAUUCUUCUUACUAAGAAUGGACAAGUCAAAUUGGCCGACUUUGGAGUUUCCGCUCAAAAUAGUAAGCCGCAUCAACUUCGUGAUACUUUUAUUGGGACUCCAUAUUGGAUGGCACCCGAAGUAAUAUUAUGUGAAAACAUUCGAGACAAACCGUAUGACCAUAAGUGCGAUAUCUGGUCUUUAGGCAUUACUUGUAUUGAAAUGGCGGAGAUGAAUCCUCCUCUUCACGAUCUGCAUCCAAUCAAAGUUCUUUAUAGCAUUCCGAAAUCUGAUCCGCCCACAUUGGCUGAUUCUUGUUUAUGGUCCAAUGAAUUCAAAGACUUUGUGACUCUGGCCCUCAUGAAAGAUCCAGCGGCCCGUCCCUCCGUUAAAGAGCUUCUGGCGCAUCCUUUUGUGACUGGCUGCUCCGAAGAAGAGUCGAUGAACGUAAUGGCUGGUUUAGUGGAUGAGUUUUUAAAUAUUCAGUACGAAGAAGAGGAUGAAGAAAAUAUUAGUGACGGGCAAGAAGAACUGAAGGAAUUCGACUCUUCAGUUCCUGUUAAGCACAAAACGAUCAUAAAAACCACUUAUAAAAGAAAUAUGGACGGCUCGCGCCAGAGAGUUACCCGUCGAGUCGAUGAAGAAACCCAAAAGGCGAAUAAUCGCGUGAAAGCUUUUCGACAGCAGCAAAUUGCAGCUUUGAAAGCGUUAAACCGUGAAAAUGAGCGUAAGCGGUUGGAUAUAAAGCACAGCAAGGCUUUGGAGGAGUUGCUUAGCUCCCAUAAAGCUUCCUUAGAAGCCUUAGAAAGAAAGUACCAAGCGGAUGAAGCACAGAAAUUCAGGCAGAAUGAAAGAGAAUUGUUAAAGUUGCAUGAAGCUUUAUGUAAGAAUUAUCGCGCGCAAGCCUUAGAACUGGAAACUAUUAGAAAAAAGGAAUUUAAGCUUUUUAAAGAAAAACAACAGCAUGACUACAAGGAAGAAGCUAAACAUCUCAAGUCUGAUCUAAAAAAUUGUAGUAAACUUGAAAAAAAAGAACAGCAGGCCUUUUUGGAAAUGCGGCACACCUCCAAAGCUGAAAAAGAGGAUCGAGAAUAUGCUAAUAAUUUGCGGUAUCAGCAUUUACUAAAGUUACAUAAAAGUGAGUUGCAAAAUUUAAAGGAAUAUUUAAGCUUAAAAGAUACACUUGCAAACUCGUUUGGCCGUUUGAGGCUCGACAAUAUAAGCGAACUAGCCGUUAACGAAAAAAAGUUUUUAAGAGAAGAGCACGAACUUAAAACGUUUCAAUUGGUGCAAAUGCAAUUGUUGGAAAGCAAAAGGCAAGAGAUACGCCAUCAGAAGGAAAUGGAAAUGAUGGACGCUCUUUGCCAGAAGCGAAUCACUGAGACGAAGAGAGCUCAAAAAGUAAGAAAGGCAGCUUUUCCUAUACAACAAAAAAAAAAAUCUCGCGAAGCUCAAAAAGCAUUUUUACUACUAAAAGAAAAUGAACUGAAGCGACUAAAAGAAGCUCAUCGACAACUUCGCGAUGAGAGCGGGAAAAAAAUAGUUGAGCGGAAAGCUAUGAAAAAAAUUCAUGAAGAAGAAGAAAAGUAUUAUAUAAUGGAGAUGGAAGAAAAAUUUAGAGCGGAGGAGAUGGCUCAGCGAAAUUCUGAAAUAGAAGAACUAUUAAAAUCUUUUAAACGGGAUUUGGAGUCAAUUGAAGCGCUAAAUAUUGAAGAAAUAAAUGAACUAAAGGAACAACAUCGUGAAAAGGAAGUUUUGUUGCGUGAAUCGCAUCGAAUUCAGAAAGAGCAGAUGGCCGAUACGCACAAUAUUGAGUUUAAUAAUCUUUUAUCUGCCCAAGAAAGUCGUUUUAAACUUAUUGUGGACGAUAUCGAAAAGAAAGCGAAGGAACGGCAAAAAGAAGCGAAAAAGAUAGAAGAGGAUCUCUUAAGAAAUCAGGAGAACGCAAUUCGCAGCUUUUCUUCUGAAGGAAAUUUGUUAACUCUACGAUCAGUUUGUUCUUUUACUCUGGACACGAAAUAAAUCGAGAAAAGAAAGUGAA